CUACCAAAAGAACUUGAAGGUAUUCCAUCCAUUUCUAUUUGGCCUAUAUUUUGGGCGUUAUUACAACAAAAACAUCAAGACGAAGUUCAAGAGACGAUUGCAAAAUCUUCAGGAGACUAUGAUAUUUAUUUGGAUCGCAUUGUUGGUCAAAAUGCCAUAAAUAUCAAUGAUCCUGCGUAUCUUAAGGAUUUCUUAACAAAAAUAGAGGAAGAUGAUCCUCCAAAAAUUAGUUUGCCUUCUGGAACUAUGAGAGAAUUUUUCGGUGAUGGCUUAGUAUUUUCGAAUGGAGAUAAAUGGCGAACUUCUAGAAAAUUAGCAAAUCCUGCUUUCAAUAACGCAUUGUCCCCAGACAUUGUUGGGGAAAUUACAUUUGAACUUUUCAAUUUCAUGCAACAAAAUUUAAAUAAGCCGAUUGAUAUAUUCGAAAUUAUGCAACGUACCACGAUCGAAUGCUUGAAAUCCGUCGAGGUUCCUCAUAUUAUAAAUGUUUAUAAGGCUGUAAUUGAAACCGCAGAAUCCAUUUAUCAUAUUCUUUUUCCAUGGUUAAUUAAAUUACCGACAGCUCAUAAUAGAAAAUUCUUCAAGGCUAAUGAAGAAUUUAAUGAGUUCAUUUCUGACAUGAUUAAGGAAAAGAGAAAUGAAGUUGAAAAUAAGAAGGUUUCUAAUAAUGUUAAUUCUGAUAAUGGCCGGAUUGACCUGCUAACAGGUAUGAUACAGCAUGCCAACCAGGAGGGAAUUAGUACUGAUUCUAAGCAAUUAAGAGAUGAAAUGGUGGGCUUUUUCGUUGCUGGCCAUGACACAACUUCAUUGGCGUUAAGCACCUCGUUUUAUUUUCUUGCAAAGUAUCCGGAGAUGCAAGAAAGAGCGCGAAAAGAAGUAAUUAGUGUACUUGGAAAUGAACCAAUCAUACCUACAUCGGAACAAUUAAAAGAAAUGAAAUAUAUCAACGCAGUUAUUAAAGAAUCCUUAAGAAUUUAUCCGCCAUCUACAGGAAUAGUCCCUCGAAAACUAACAAAGCCAAUGAAAAUUGGUCCUUAUCUUAUACCAGCAAACAUAAUAUGUACGACAAAUAUUUGGCAAAUUAAUCAUCAUCCAAAAUAUUGGGAAAAUCCUGAACAAUUCAAUCCUGAAAGAUUUUUAAACAAUGAAAAAAUUCACGCAUUUUCUUGGAUUCCAUUUUCUUCUGGUGUAAGAAAUUGUCUUGGUCAAAACUUUUCUUUGAUGGAGCAAAGAGUAAUUAUUUCGAUGUUUUUGCUCAAGUAUAAUUGGAUUCUUCCUGAAAACAGCAUUAAUGAGAACAAGUUGCUGUUUGAAACUCAAUUUUUAUUAAAGCCUGUUGAUCUAAAACUUGUAUUUACCGAAAGGAAACAUAAUGUCUUAAAUCUAAAUUGA